UUAAGUACGGAUGCAAAUAACUUGAUGUUUGUGAGAUUGAUGUAAUGACAAAACAUGGUUUCACAUUAUUUUUAUUUUUAUCGUCCGUCGCUAGCACUACAUGUAGGGACGAACAAGAUUUCUGUGAGAGUAAAAGUUGUAAUGAACGAGACUUUGAGCAGAAUCACUUCUAUACCAAUGUAAAAACAUACGGAGAAAUACCACUGACAUUAUCACAUAAACUUUCAGAUGCUCUCCCUCUUGAUGAGGUGGAUGGUCCUGUUAUUCGUACCGUGAAGGGAUGUGUGUUUUCAGAGUGUCAACCGACCCCUCUGAAAGAGCCCCUGACACUGGCUGCUGUGUCACAGGAUGUGUUGAGGAAUAUUUUGGAUCUGAAUGAGUCUGUGAUUCAGAAUGAAGAAUUUGUUCUUUGUGUCAGUGGUGGAAAACGGUUUCCUGGCUCGAUUCCACUGGCACACAGAUACGGGGGCCAUCAGUUUGGUAAUUGGGCAGGACAGCUGGGGGAUGGAAGAGCACAUUUGCUGGGUGAAUAUACAAACAGAAAAGGUGAAAGAUGGGAACUCCAGUUGAAAGGCUCAGGAAAGACACCGUACUCAAGGUCUGGUGAUGGACGGGCUGUGAUUCGCUCCUCUGUGAGGGAGUUCCUGUGCAGUGAAGCCAUGCAUUUUCUGGGGGUUCCCACAAGCAGAGCCCUCAGUCUGGUUGUAAGUGAGGAGCCUGUAUGGAGGGAUCAGUUUUAUAAUGCCAAUGUCAUAAAAGAAAGAGGAGCGGUUGUUUUGCGCCUGGCCAGGUCCUGGUUUCGUAUUGGUUCGCUGGAGAUACUAACUAGAACCGGAGAGUUAGAUGUCCUGCAGACAUUAUUGGACUUUAUAAUUAAAGAGUAUUUUAAAUCUAUUGCGAUGAAUGACCCUGACAAGUAUGUGGUGUUUUUCUCUAGAGUGGUGAAUGAAACCGCACAUUUAAUCGCUCUCUGGAUGUCAGUUGGAUUUGCGCAUGGAGUAUGCAACACAGAUAACUUCAGUCUGCUUUCUGUCACUAUUGACUAUGGCCCGUUUGGAUUUAUGGAAUCAUAUGACCCAAAUUUUGUCCCCAACACAUCUGAUGAUGAGGGCCGGUACAGUAUAGGAGCUCAGGCUAAUGUGGGCCUCUUCAAUCUACAGAAACUUCUAGUAGCUCUGAAACCACUGCUGACCUCAGAUCAGCUGACACAGUGUCGGCAAACACUGAGAGAAUAUUCACAAACCUACCAUCAAAGAUUCCAUGAACUGUUCAAAGCAAAGUUAGGCUUUCUGGGAAAUCAAGAAAAGGAUUCAUAUGUGAUUGCAUUUCUUCUAAAGCUGAUGGAGGACACUGGAGCAGACUUCACCAUGACUUUCAGACAGCUGAGUGAAGUCACUCUGUCCCAGCUUCAGACGGGAUCCUUUCCUCCGUCAAUGUGGGCUCUGUCAGACCUCUUAUCACAUGAGUAUUUCAGAGACUGGGUUCAGCUGUAUUUAAAGCGUCUGUCAAGGAUGAAAAGUGACUCAGAUGCAGCACGUCAGCACAGAAUGCAAGGAGUCAACCCUCGGUAUGUAUUGAGGAACUGGAUGGCUGAAUCUGCUAUCAGAAAAGCAGAGAAAAAUGACUUUUCAGAGGUGGCGCUGUUGCAGAAGACUCUAACAGAGCCAUUUGUGGAGCAGGAGGAGGCUGAGAGAGCCGGAUACUCCAGUAAACCUCCAUCCUGGGCUCAGCAGCUGAGGGUCAGCUGUUCUUCCUAAUCUAUUUUCUCAAUGAAAGCAUAACUUGAACAUUCAUUUGCAUCAAAACAUUCUGCAGUUCUACACAAGCAUGUGAAAUUUUGCAUCAUGCAUCUAAAGAAGAACUCAAUAAGGCCUGCCAGAAUCUGUUUAACAGUUAACUUCGCAAGACCAUAUUUACUGACAUUUCAUUAGCAAUGAUGAUAUAGCAUAUUUGUAAUACAUACAAUAUAUAAUCUAAGUAGCUGCAUAAGAACAAAGUAUUUACAAAUUUUUAGUUUUGUGGUGUAAUAAAAACUUUUCAAACAACAAAAAAAUGAAAGCAUCCAAUUUGUCCUAAUGUCACACCAAAAACCGGUCGGGGUCAGUUCCUCAGUCCAACUAUAAAAACAUGUCAAUUAGCUCUGUCUGUCUUCAAGUUCAUUGGUGACUGCGCUUUUUCUGCAUUGCUGUCAUCAGUUCUGACAUGAAGUCGCCACCUGAUGGCGCUGUUAGUUGAGGUGUAGUCCUCUUUAGUGGAGGUGGAGCCACUUUUCUGACGGAUUCGGUGGGUUUGUGGGCAGCCGGUGCAGGGGGUGGGGGUGGGGGUGGAGGUGGUGGCGGUGCUCCACCUGCAGAUGCAAGGUUUUGGGGAGCAGGAGGAGGUGGUGGGAGAGACGCAA